CUUCAUCCAGGAACAUCUUCUCUCUUCAUCUUCCUCAUCUUUCUGCCUUCUCUUCCAUCUUUCUCCUCCAUCAGUGUCGUCUACACUCAUCCUGCUGUUUCUCAUCUCUCUGCAGAUCCUGCUGCCAACUCUGCUGCUGCUGGAACAUCCACCGCCCCGCCAGAACUUAAAGCAGAAGCUGAGCAGCCGGACCCCUCCAGGAUAGAGGUGGUCUCAGUGACGGAGGAAGACCUCCCCACUGUUGAGACCCCCACCACGCUGAACGUCAGCCCGCUGGGCAGCUUCGCCGCCGCUGACCCCCAAUCAGAGAACGAUCCUGCCAAACCUGAAGAACCUCAACGUCCGGCUGCACCCAGUCCGAGCAUGCCGAUCACCAAGGUGCAGCCCUUCCUGAACGAGGACGACUUGGAUAAAAGCUGGAAGAGCAGAGUUCUGGCCCACCGGUUCGAGCUGCUCAUCGCUUCCUGCGUCAUCGUGGUCGUCGCUCUGGCUCUCGGCAUCGGCCUCGGAGUUGGUCUGAGCUGUGUGGGGAAGUUUCGUUGUGGUUCGACGUCUCAGUGCAUCAGCAGCUCGGCUCAGUGUGACGGAGAGAUUCACUGUGACAAUGGAGAGGACGAGCUCGGCUGUGUGCGUCUGAGCGGGAGCAGCUCGGUCCUGCAGGUCCAGAGGGGGGGGGUCUGGAGGACGGUCUGCGCGGAGGACUGGAACAACUGGCUGGGCGUCUCUGCCUGCAAGCAGCUGGGAUACUCCAGGUACGUGGAGUCGUUCUUCGUCACUCAAACCUCCAUUGAGCAGGACCUGCAGUACAACCUGGUGUCCAUCAACCUGAGCCAAUCACAGAUCAUUAAGCUCCAGAACGCCACAAGCUUCAGUAAGAGUCAGUGCAGCUCAGGGAAGGUGACGACUCUGAAAUGUUUGGCGUGCGGCUCCAGACCUCAGUACAGGACUCGUAUCGUCGGAGGAAACAUCUCCAGACCGGGUCAGUUCCCCUGGCAGGUCAGCCUCCACUUCCGCAGCGAACACCUGUGUGGAGGCUCCAUCAUAACGUCACGCUGGAUCCUCACCGCGGCGCACUGCGUGUACGGGUUUGCGGAGCCCUCCAUGUGGACGGUGCAUGUGGGGCAGACGGAGCAGCCGGUCCACGGAGCUCAGUCUCUGGCCGUGCAGCAGAUCAUUUAUCACGCUCGCUACCGGCCCAAAGGACUGGACUACGACAUCGCACUGAUGAAACUCACCAACUCACUCAUCUUUAAUGGCUUCGUGGAGCCCAUCUGUCUGCCCAACCACGGCGAGGACUUCCAGGAGGGAACCAUGUGCUGGAUCUCUGGAUGGGGGGCGACCGAGGACGAAGGAGAGACCAGCGUGGUCCUUCGCUCUGCCACGGUGCCUCUUCUCUCCACCAAGACCUGCAACCAGCCGGAGGUUUAUAAAGGCUUCAUCUCCUCCUGGAUGAUCUGCGCCGGAUACCUGGAGGGAGGAACCGACUCCUGCCAGGGGGACAGCGGAGGUCCUCUGGCCUGCGAGGACUCGUCUGUAUGGAAGCUGGUUGGGGCGACCAGCUGGGGGAUCGGCUGCGCUAUAAGGAACAAGCCGGGCGUUUACACUCGGAUCACACGGUCGCUCAGCUGGAUCCGACAACAGAUGGAGGUCAGUUUAAAACCAGCGCUGAACUGGUCUCUUCAGAUCCAGAGAGGAUUCACCAGAUGGUCUGCAGGUCUCUGCUGGACUCACAAGACUUUAACUGGUUCCUGCUGAAGACGACGCCUUUAAAAACACACAUAGUCUCAUUUCUAACAGUGAUUCUAUAAAACAGCUGGAGACUGAGGUGUACUGUGCGUUUGUCGGGGACUACUUUCAGCAGCGGAUGAAUCCACAUUCGGUGGUCUAGUGAGUGUUUCUGGCAGCAGGACGGUGUGUGUGUGUGUGUGUGUGUGUGUGUGUUCAUGGCGCUGUGACUCAUUGUUUAAUAGUUAUUGGACGACGACGGAGGAAUAAGAAUUUAAAAUCUUAAAACUAAACAAACAUUUAAAGUGGAGUUUGAAGAACAGCUGCAGUUAAUCAGUUUACCGUCUCUUCUAUUAAACUUAACUAACGGAGCGCUGCGUAGUGGCAGCUGUUGGUGACCCGUCGUGUGAUGUCGGGACAGCUGGAUCUACUCCUCUCUGGAAUCUGAGUAGAGCAGCUGGCAGAGCGGCUUCAUUCAGCUUCAGACUGUUCCUCUCUCUCUAAAGGUGAUUCUCCACGUCAGCGUCAGUACAGGCUGAAAACUACAAGUUCAUACUCUACAAAAUAUAUGAAAAUACUCUACAAGUAAAAGUCCUGCAUGAAAAAUCCUAUUAAUA